UCUUCCAUUGUAGUUUCCUUUUUCAGUCAUGCUAGAAGAAAACGGAAGUCAGCCAUGUACAGAAGAAUUACCGCGUCGUGUAUCAUCCUGUUCAUAUUAAUAAAUGGAUUUAAAAAUGAGACCCUUAAACAGACAGGAUUUCUGGGGAAAUCCGUCACCUUACCAUCUGGAGUGAAUGAGACUGGGAAAUUUACCACAAUAGAAUGGUCAAUCUUAGCAAAAAAUAAUACUUACAUUGCAAGGUUUUCUGGAGGCAAUGUAAAAUACUAUCAACAACAGAGAGACCGUCUGAAACUCGACACAACAACUGGGGAUUUAGAGAUCAGGGACCUGCGCAGGGAGGAUAGUGGCACAUAUACAGUCCAUGUAAGAAAAUCAGAUAAAAUCCAAUGGAAUAAUAAAGUCAACCUUUCUGUACAAGAGAAGCUUCCAGAACCCAGUAUAACUGUCACUAAUAGGAAAAUAGAAUAUGGCAUGUGUAAGAUCUUGCUGACAUGUUCAGUGAAAAGUGAAACGACCACCAUUACCUAUGGUCCAGAGGGCUUUCCUCAUGGCUGCGAAUUCAAACCUCUGCGCUAUGCUACCACGGGACGGGAGGCAGAAGCAUGGUGCAGUCCCAUACAGGACGUGAACAUCACCUGCACUGCCAGUGACAGUGUGAGCACCACUGCUUCCACAGUGAGAACAGGAUGUUCAAGAACUGAUCCAGUUUUCAUCUGUAGUGCAGGGUGUGGCAUCAUGUGCUUUUUUGGGGGGGUGAUAAUAACAGCAGCUGUUUGCAUCGUUUUAUACAUAAAAUGUGAUGCCCGCUCUGGAUUCGUUAGAACACCAUGGGCAAGAUUAAGAGAGCGGCUACCCAGAAGAUGCAGAUACAUCCUGGCAAGAUCUGAGGAAGAAUGCUUCCCUGGGGACAUCCACCCAUUUUCUGAAACAGCCUGUCCUAAUGAGGGUUGCGGGGAGCCUAUGGGCGGAAGGCAGGGAACAACCCAGGAUGCACCAAGAACCAGCCAUGAGCCCACAACUCCAGAAUCGGCAGGUAGGAUUACUCAUUGA